CGCAACAUGACGGAGCCGAAGUCGGGGUCGGUUCUCAAGACACCAUUCAAACGCAGGCUGCCGAGUUUGACCAGCGUGCCGUAGGGGCGACCUAUUGGGAGUCGCGAAGCUCGACCUUGUUCACAGUUUGGCCGCCGAAACCCCUGACGACCGAUUUCAAAAGCGCCCCUCCCUGCCCCUCGGUUGCCCACCAUGGCGGAUCCAUGCCGUAUCGUCGUCAUGGCCAGCGGCAAUGGCUCAAAUUUUCAGGCUCUCAUCGACGCCGUCGCUGCCGGCCGCAUUCCCGACUCCAAGAUUGUCCGUCUCAUCGUAAACCGGGGUAAGGCAUAUGCGACCACCAGGGCAGAGCAGGCCGGCAUUCCGUGGGAGUAUUUCAACUUGAUUUCGCACGGCUUCCAGGCCAAGGGAGAGAACGACCCGGCGAAGGUGCAGGAGGCAAGGGACAAGUACGACGCAGCGUUGGCAGAGAAGGUGGUGAACGGAGACUUCAAGCCGGACCUCAUCGUUCUCGCUGGGUGGAUGUACGUCUUCGGCAAGCGCUUCCUCGACCCCAUCGAUGCGGCGGGAAUCAAGAUCAUCAACUUGCAUCCCGCCCUGCCGGGGCGAUACGAUGGUGCGAACGCCAUUGAGCGUGCCUUUGCCGACUUCAAGGCAGGCAAGCUUGAGAACAACAGGACAGGUAUCAUGGUCCAUUAUGUCAUUGACAAGGUCGACCGGGGCGAGCCGAUCUUGGUUAGGGAGAUUGAAUGCCGCGAAGGCGAAGAUUUGCAUCAGCUCGAGGAGAGAAUCCAUUCUCACGAACACGAGCUCAUUGUCGAGGCUACAGCACUGGUGGCAAGGGAGAUCGUUGCUCGGAAGAGCAAGACACAAUAACCAUAUCGUCCUGGGCGCCUGGACGAGGCAAUUAGAAGGCCUCCAAUUUCCAAAGGCUUUGUUGUCGACUGUGGUCCGUGUCCUCGGUCUGUUCUGCCUUACUUUGUCGAGUGCAUCCUGUGCGGCGAGGUUGGUAGCCGCCUCGCUUCUCGCUUCUUGUUAUGAUCUCAUCCCAAUACAUCAUGGGUGCGCACUUCUGUGCCCCAAACCAUUGCUUCAUCCCAUGUCUCCAGUGAUUCCUGACAAACUACCUACCUUAGGUACGGAAU